GUUAGGCGUAAUUUAACGUCUAAACCAGUUUAGUAGGCUCGAGCGGGAUGUUUAGGCUUUUGACUUUUCUUAACAACAUUUAAGGUUAGACCCAUUUAGCAAUUAAUCUAAACAGGUUUUUAUAUUAAACAAGUCAUGGAGAACCCCAUUGUAUAGAACUUAUACAAACCAAACCUUAAGAUCGAUCCAAAUAGUUUUCUCUAAAAAAAUAUAUUUGAUUUAUGAUUGAUUAAUUAUGUGAAGCUGGUUAUACUUUUAUUUCCUCUUUGUAGUCAAUAUUUCUUAGUUGAUGUUACUCGUUUCACACUUGGAGUUUCAACACUAUUUAAAUUUAUAAAACGGCUAAUUAAAUACCUAGUUAAAACAUUCAAAGACGUUAAGUUAAGAUAAUUAAUAUCACAGUUUCACAUUUCAUUCCAUAUAAAUAAGCAAGGAUCUUAUUGUUGUUCAUCAAUCAAAAACAAUCAGAGCAUUAAGCAUAUAUUUGAGAUUUGGCUAUACUAAGGCUUUUUUACUCAAUUUUUCAUUAUGUCUAUCAAAAAUGUGCUUUCACUCAUAGCAGUUCUAUGCAUCAUAGUUUCUGUAAAUGCUCAAUUGCCACAGUUUCCGGCUCCGUUUUCUUUUCCAUUUCCGUUCCAACCGAUUUCUGGUAUGCCAGGAUUACCUGAUUUAACAAAAUGUUUGUCAUCCGUGAUGGAUAUUCCUGGAUGCAUUGCAGAGAUUUCUCAAUCCAUUUUCACUGGAAAAUUCGGUAAUUUAGGUCCGGCUUGUUGCAAAGCAUUUUUGGACGCCGAAGACAAUUGCAUACCGAAAAUUCUAUUCAUUCGGUUUUUCCCUCCGAUACUAAAGGAACAAUGUUCAAGAAUUGUCGGUGCAACUCCUCCGACACCAAAAUAGAGUUUUAAUUUAUUUUAAAGAUUAUGAUUUUUUUUCAACUUAUUUCUUAAAAUUUUAGCUUACUCUACAUGUUAUACUCCAAAGAAAAAACAAUGAUACAGUGAUAACAUUUGAGAAGUUGUAUUUGGGUUCAA